UUUCAAAAUCUCUCUCUCUCUCUCUCUCUCUCUGUCUCUCUCAUGGCUAGUUUCAAAACCAUGUUUUUGAACUCUUUUCCCUUUCCUCAGUGAAACCCACCUUCCCAUUUUCCAUCUUCUUCAAUUCCUUCUUGGGUUUUUAAAGCAUGAGAUCUCUUGCUCUCUUGCAGCUUCUUGCUGCCAUUUCUACUUUUCUGUUUCUAUCUUGCGACUCAUUUACACCCAGUGAAGUUUCGGCACUCGUGGCCUUCAAGGAAUCUAUAUACGACGAUCCCCAUUCAGUGCUGUCGAAUUGGAAUGCCUUCGAUGAGGAUCCUUGUGACUGGACGGGCAUUUACUGCUCCCCAACUCGAGAUCAUGUCCUAACUUUAAAUCUUUCCAGUUCAUUUUUGAAGGGAUUCAUUGCACGCGAACUUGGCUCCCUGACUAACUUGCAACAAUUAGUUCUACACAAAAAUAAUCUUCUUGGGCCAAUACCCAGAGAAAUUGCAAAGUUGGCAAGCCUCAAGCUCUUGGAUUUGGGCAUGAAUCAACUCUCUGGCCCCAUUCCUCGCGAGCUUGGAUACUUGACCAAUGUUAUGAAAAUAAAUCUUCAAUCUAACGAAUUGACUGGGAGCAUCCCACCUGAGCUUGGUAAUUUGAUGAAACUUGCGGACCUCCGGUUGGAUAGGAAUAAGCUUCAAGGGAUUCUUCCUGGCAGCAGCAACAUCUCAGCAAACUUCAGAUCUGAUAUGCACGGAAUGUAUGCCCCUCACAAAAAUGCCACUGGCCUCUGCCGGUUACUUCAGUUACGAAUAGCGGAUUUCUCGGACAACUCAUUUGUUGGAAAGAUACCCCCAUGCUUGAAAUAUCUUCCAAGAUCAAGCUUUCAGGGGAACUGCUUUCAAGAUAGAGACUCCAAUUUGCAGCAUUCUAAUACUCAGCGAUGUGAAUCCUAUUUUGCAGGUGGUACUACACCUGUGAAAAGCCACCCACCAUCCAAACCAGAGAAAAGCCGCACCGCAGAUAAACCUACAGGCCAGGCGACAUCAAAACCUGCAUGGCUGCUUGCCCUGGAAAUUGUAACAGGAACUAUAGUUGGCCUCCUUCUAGUAUAUUGUAUUCUUAGGGCUGUUAAAAGAUGCAAAACAAAAUCUUCCGUCAUAAUCCCUUGGAAGAAAACGUCAAAUGGGAAGGAGAUGACGAUAUAUAUUGAUUCUGAGAUGCUAAAGGAUGUGGUAAGGAUAAGUCGGCAGGAGCUCGAGGUGGCCUGCGAGGAUUUCAGCAAUAUCAUUGGCUCAUCCCCGGAUAGUCUAGUGUACAAAGGCACCAUGAAAGACGGACCUGAAAUUGCUGUGAUAUCUCUAUGCAUCUCGGAAGAUCAUUGGACGGGCUAUCUUGAGCUUUAUUUUCAGAGUGAGGUUGCAGAUUUAGCUAGACUAAAUCACGAUAACACGGCCAAACUACUGGGCUACUGCAAAGAGAGCAACCCAUUUUCAAGGAUGUUGGUGUUUGAGUAUGCAUCAAACGGGACACUGUAUGAGCACCUUCACUAUGGCGAGGGAUGUAACCUAUCCUGGAUCAGGCGCAUGAAAAUCAUCGUGGGCAUUGCUCGUGGCCUGAAGUACCUUCAUACAGAGCUUCAGCCCCCGUUCACAGUAUCCGAGUUGAGUUCGAAUUCUAUAUAUCUUACUGAAGAUUUUUCUCCCAAGCUGGUCGAUUUUGAAAGAUGGAAAACGGUGCUUGGAAAAUCAGAAAAGAACUCCGGUUCGAUGGGCAACGGUGGCUCUUGUAAUGGUUUCCCAGGUUCGCUAGAGAGACGUCAUUUGGAUGUGCAAGGCAACAUGUUCGCAUUCGGAGUACUCUUACUAGAAAUAGUCAGCGGGCGACCCCCGUAUUGUAAAGAUGGAGGUUGCUUGCUUGAUUGGGCUAAGGAGUAUCUCGAGCUGCCAGAAGUGAUCUCCUAUCUGGUGGACCCAGAGCUGAGAUAUUUCAGGUACGAUGAUCUCAAAGUAAUAUGUGAGGUGGCGAACCUCUGCUUCCAAUCCGACCACCCGGAGCGGCCAUCCAUGCAGUCUCUGACCACCAUGCUUGAGAAUGGAAUAGAAACUGAUCUCAAGGAGUCUCCCUUGGCAUGGGCUGAGCUGGCCUUAUCAUCAUAGAUCAUGGACGCCCCCCAUUGUAAAAAUCCAAUACAUACGGUCGCAAUAUAUUGUUCUUUUUUCUUUUUUUAAUUGUUCUUUGUUUUUUGGUUUUUUUUUUACCCCAUCCAUUGAUGGAAAUGCUUGCAUGGCUAAGCAAAAUGUAGCGUUUUUUCAUGCACAGCAGGUCCAGCUCUCUUACUGUAUAUUUAUUUGCUGAUGAAGACAAAUGUGAAAAUGAAAAAGAUGAAAUCAUUAAAUUGAA